GCCUAAACCCGGCGUGAGUUAUUAAGAAGUUUUUGCUCACUGGCGGCUCCCUAAGCGGCUGGAUUAGUGAGGAAGACUUUUGUCCCUUUCCCGAUCCCUUCGUGCCUUUUUUCCCCCUGUUGCGCCCAACAAGAAACAUGCGUGAGUGCAUCUCCAUCCACGUCGGCCAAGCCGGUGUCCAGAUCGGCAAUGCCUGCUGGGAGCUCUACUGCCUUGAGCACGGCAUCCAGCCGGAUGGGCAGAUGCCCAGCGACAAGACCAUUGGCGGAGGAGAUGACUCCUUCAACACGUUCUUCAGCGAGACAGGAGCUGGCAAGCACGUCCCCAGGGCAGUGUUCAUAGACUUGGAGCCAACUGUGAUAGAUGAAGUGCGCACGGGAACCUACCGCCAGCUCUUCCACCCCGAGCAGCUCAUCACUGGCAAGGAGGAUGCUGCCAACAACUAUGCCAGGGGCCACUACACCAUUGGCAAAGAGAUCAUUGACCUGGUCCUCGACAGGAUCAGGAAGCUGGCUGACCAAUUUCGGUGCACCGCCGCGCCCUCUAGCGCCACGCCUGGAGCUCAACUGGAGGUCGGAAAGGGAAAGGACUCGCACUUAGCAAGCCGCGCCCACAUUGCGGCUUUCAGUAUUUACCGCCUCACGAGAAUUCUCUGCAACGAGGCGGUGUCCAGCUGCGCCUAG